AUGAAGUUCAUGACUACUAAUUUUGUGAAAUGUUCUAUCAAGACAUGUGAUAGCACCACUGAUUCAUUCCCUCUAAAGUACCAAAACUGUUCGUUAGUGCAAGAAGAACAAGAAUUUAACCCAGAGUUUAUUGUUUCCAUUUUGGAUAGAUUAGAAUGGGAUGCUACACUGAAAGUUGCUCAAGAUCUUGGAAAUACUUCAUUACCACCAGUUAAACCAGAAAACAUUGAUUUAGAAUCUGAAGAAAGUUUACCAUUAUUGAAAGACUUACACAGUUUAUUAUUGGAAACAAAUAUCACUGAAGGUGAAAUGAUUUGUAACAAUUGUCAGCAUAUUUAUUAUAUCAAGAAUUCUAUUCCAAAUUUCUUGUUACCUCCACAUUUAGCUUAA